AUGCUCGACGCGACGACUGUGCAGGAACUGCGGAAGAUGCUGCAGAGUGCGCAGGGGGCGGGGGACGCAAAGACGUGUCUCGACGUGCUGGAGAAGCUGGACAAGGGCGUCGUGGCGACGGAGGAAUUGCUCAGGGAAACCAAAAUCGGCGUAACGGUCAACAAAGUCGCCCAGUCCGCCUCCUCGCCUGAAGUUACAGCGAAAGCUAAGGCGCUCGUGCAGAAGUGGAGGAGUGCGGUGCUGCCGAAGGAGGGGAGGAGCAUGUCACCUUCGGUUUCCGCUUCCGCCUCGACAUCGACCACAAUCAAGAAGGCUAGCUCGCCUCCUGCUGCCGAGUCGAAGUCGUCGCAGGUCAAGGAGGAGAAGCCUCGCUGGACGACCGCGACUGUUUCUCCGCCCGAGUCCACGUCCAGCUCUCCCACCGUUCCCCGCCCGUCGCUCUCGACGCGUCGCCCCUCCCUCCCCGCCACCACCUCGACUCCGCCGGCACCUCUCAAGCGCCCUGCGUCAGCCACUCCAGACCCGGACCUCGCUCCGCCCGCCUCCAAAAAAGCGCGCGAGUCCGCUCCGCCCGCAAGGACGCACGAGACCGACUCGGUUUGCUUUGACAAGAUCUUUCCUGGAGCGACGGGGAAAGGGAAGAAGAGCAAGGGAGGGGAGAGCGAGGAUGAGGGUGAGAAGAAGGUCGGGAAGGCGGGAAAGGCCAACAAGGUGAGGGCGUCGUGCUGUGAGGCGUUGUACGACGCAAUCGCUUGCCACUCGACAGCCGAAACGAAGACGCUCGCCGCCAAAGCUAUCGAGAUCGAGCAAGCCGUCUGGGACCAGAACCUUCCGAGCGACAAGAUGACCCCGACCCAGGCGUACCGCACCAAGGUCCGCUUCCUGUACCAGAACCUCAAGACGCCUGGGAACAGGACGUUGAGGAUGAAGGUCGUCGAUGGGGAGUUUGAGGUUGCGAAGCUUGUUGUGUGCUCGUCUGCGGACUUUCGCACGGCCGAACAGAAGGCUCUCGAGGGAGAAGUCCAGAAGCGCAGCUUGCAGAACGCCUGCUUCGACGCGACCUCGACGCUCGGCGAGGCGAUGCGCGAGACGAUGAAGUGGCGCGGUGGAGGGAGGUGA